CGCCAAAGGCUCUCCACAGCUGUGCCACUUUAAGUCCUAAGUGAUUUCUGUAUAUUCUGCCUAGUAACUAUUGAGAAGUCGAGAUCAAGUAUCCCAUUGGCUGGCUGGUUUGCCCCUGGCCAAUUCAGGGCUGUAAACCACGCAUUGGCAAUCUCCGGACUUCGUGGUCGCAGGGUGGACCAGGUCGCUGGUUGCGCAGCUGGGGGAAGCGCCACGGAUGGGAGGCGAAGAAAAGUCUUCUCUUCGCUUUCGGGGACAGUUUAUUCUCUGGUUGUGACUGUGCCCAUGGGCGGGUUGGUGAGAAAGGGGACGACCAGAAAAUCAUUGGAAGGUCAGAGGAGAAAAGAAGACCCGGAGCUUAGUUCUAUGAGGCAUCCAGUCCCUGGCUCUCCUGGGUGACUCGUCUUUGGUGCUUAUGGAGCCAGCUGUUUCCCAGCACUUCGCUCUGCUAGACCCCGUUCUCUUCUUCCUCCUCCUCAGCUUGUUUGCACAGGUCUCAGCCCAGUUUACUGUCGUGGGGCCUGCCGAUCCAGUCCUGGCCAUGGUGGGGGAAAGCAGCACAUUACACUGCCACCUGUCACCCGAAAGAAACGCUGAGGCCAUGGAGGUGCGGUGGUUCCGGUCUCAGUUCUCCCCUGCUGUAUUCGUGUACAAGGGCGGGCGAGAAAGGCUAGAGGAGCAGAUGGAGGAGUACCGAGGAAGAACAACCUUUGUGAGCAAUGACAUCAACAAGGGGCGCGUGGCACUGAUCAUAAGCAACGUCACAGCCCAUGAAAAUGGCUUCUACCGCUGCUAUUUCCAAGAAGGCAGAUCCUACGAUGAGGCCAUUUUACACCUCUUGGUGGCAGGCCUGGGCUCGAAGCCACUCGUUGAAAUGAAGGGCCACGAGGACUGGGGUAUCCGGCUGGAGUGCACCUCUGCUGGGUGGUACCCAGAGCCCCACGCAGUGUGGAAGGACCCUGACGGUAAGAUUGUGCCUGCCCUGGAGGAGGCUUACACUGCCAGUGCCGAUGGCCUCUUCACAGUCACCUUGGCGGUGAUUAUCAGAGACUACUCCAUGAGAAACAUGUCCUGCUCAGUCAAUAACACCCUGCUCAGCCAGUCGAAGGAAACUGGAAUAUUCAUUCCAGAAUCCUUCAUGCCCAGCCUAUCUCCCUGGAUGGUGGCCCUGGCUGUCAUCCUGCCUGCUCUGAUCCUCUUCAUGGCUGGGGGCUUCUAUUUCUUGAAGAAACUCCAGAAGGAAAAAGAGAUUCUGUCAGUGGAAAAAGAGACUGAACAUGAAGAAAAAGAAAUUGCGCAUAAGGAACUGGGGAAAGAACGUGUGGAAAAAGAGAAAGAACGUCAAAUAAAAGAGCAACUUCAAGAAGAAUUGCGAUGGAGAAGAACCCUCCUACAUGCUGCUGAUGUGGUCCUGGACCCAGACACUGCUCAUCCUGAGCUCUAUUUGUCCGAGGACCGGAGAAGUGUGAUUCGGGGCCCCUCGCGGCAGAAUGUUCCCGACAACCCAGAGAGAUUCGACUGUCGGCCUUGUGUCCUAGGCGGGGAGAGCUUCACCUCAGGAAGACAUUACUGGGAAGUGGAGGUCGAAAACGUGAGGGUGUGGGCUGUGGGGGUCUGUAGAGACAGUGUUGAGAGAAAAGGAGAGGCUUUACUGGUUCCUCAGAACGGCUUCUGGAUCUUGGAGCUGUUUGGAAACAAAUACCGUGCCCUGUCCUCCCCUAAGAUAGUUAUUGCCCUGAAAGAGCGCCUUUGCCAGGUGGGUGUUUUCCUGGACUAUGAAGCUGGAGACAUCUCCUUCUACAACAUGAAGAACAGAUCGCACAUCUACACGUGCCCCCGCUCACCCUUUUCUGGGCCCUUGCGGCCCUUCUUCAGACUAGGUUCAGAUGACUUCCCCCUCUCCAUCUGCCCAGCGUUCGUAGGGGCUCAGGGGGUCACAGUGCCUGAGGACGGCCUGAUCCUUCACCCCAGCCAGUAGGACCAGUUCCUGGGUCGCAGAGCCAUGUAUAUCCUUCACCAUCUUGACCUCUACAGCACAGUGCCCGUGGUGGAACAUGGGCCCUUCUCUCUGGUUACAUUAGAGAACCUCCUCCAGGUACCCCCUUCACACCCACUUCAGGCUCCUGUCCCACUGCUCCCCCUCAUUAGGAUGUUGCUUUAGUAGCUCAUUUAUUGUAACCAUAGGGCAGGAGCCAGUCACAAGGAAGCUAGUGCUGCCACAUGGCUCCCAGCCAAGCAGGAAAAUGUGUGAAGGUGACAGGCUAAAAACCUGCUGCUUUGACAUCAGGGUGACACUUUCAGCCUGAUGCUUGAGUUGGCACUGGAUGCACCGGGUAUUAACAGUUGGACAGAAUCACAGGGCCUCCUUUGGGGAGGGGGAAACCACAAUGGAGCCAAGGAUAGUGCAAGCUGGACCAGAGAGCCAGGAAGGGCCCAAGCUGUAAGACACUUAGGGGGUCCUUGGAGAUGAUAGCCCAUCCACCCCCACCAAGAUCUCCAGACCACACAGUAAAGCUUCCCACGCCCAGAACCAGGAUGAAAAAGGAUGAAGGAGGAGCACACGCUUAAAUCUGGCCUGGCUCAGGUGUCCCUGGAACAUAUCAAGAGCCAAUGCUCAGUCUUUGAGUGUGGCUUGAGGUUCAAGGCCCCAGCUGAGCAGGUGAGCUACUGAACCAAGUCAACCAUAGGGUUCAGGUUUGGUGGAGAGAGCUGCAGUUUCAGGCUUUUGACACUGAAAAAUUAUUGAUGACUCCAAAGAGUUUUUGUUCAAUUCCUGAUUGAAACUGAGAAAUUUUGAAAAAUAUAUUUAAAAAUUCAUAUUAAAAUAAUAAAUCAAUUAAAGAUUGAUAUAAUACAGGUUUUAUGAAAAAUAACUUGUUUCCAAAGCAAAAUAAAUGUUAAUGAGAGGUGUGGCAUUGUUUAAUGUUUUUGCAAAUCUAAUGCCUAGCAUUCAAUCUGGUAGGAUCUGGAAAACUUCACUGUAUGCUUACGAGAAAAUGAAAAUGACCAAUAAUGUCUUAGUAUUAUUAUGAAAAUAGUUUUGACGUUGCAACUCCAUGAACACAUAUCAGGGAGUCUCAUGAGCCCCCAGACCAUAUUUUGAGAACUGAGAUAGAGGAUCCUAGAACAAGUCAGUCAUGUGGAAUGGUGGCUUAAGUGGCAAAGCUUUUGGAUUCUAGAUAAUUUAGUAAUCCAACUUUAAAAUUGGGCAGGAAAAAAGUUUUUUUAAAGUCCAAAAUUUUAGCACUGGUGUUACAAAUGGACACAGUCUGGAGAGAAUCAGGAUCAUACGUGAAUAGCUUUGGCCUUGUUAUCUUUGGCAUUAUUAUAAUAUUAUUUGAACAUUUGUAUUUUAACUAAAAGCACAACUGAGAAUCUGGAAUUAUUCUGUCUCCUUGUCAAAUCCUUCUUGAACUACUUCCAACCACAGAAAUCCCUCUCAUCUCUGGAGCUCCCAAUCAAUACCACUUGCCUGCCUCUAAGCCACUGAUCAUACUGUUCUCACUGGCUGCCCAUAUUUCAAAGGCCACCUCAAGUGUAAGUCCUUCCUUUAGGAGACGUCCUGGUGCCUGGGUUUCCCAAAAUGACAUCUUCUGCUUUUUCUGAUGAAGUGUGUCAAGUUCCUAAUUUUAAUACCUAGAUGCUCUCUGUAAUGAAAUGGGCAAAUGAGGUGCUCCUGCUUGUGGUUUACCUAGGCUGCUGUAUGUGCAUCUUCAAUUAGGUAGCUCUGUGUUUAUUAGGAUUUCAAACAGGAAUCAAUUUAAAAAUUAAGGCCACCUUCUCUCUCCAUUGUCCUGGCCUCUGAUCCUGAAAAUCUGUUUUGUUCCUCAAAAGUAUGGUUGGAUCUGGAUGAUCUUCAGAGUCCCAGAGACAGUGGAGACCACCCAAGAGAGAGAUUUCCAUCCACCUCAGUCUUGAAAUCUUGAUUAAGUAGGCCCAUUUACAGUGCCAGCUUUGUUAAUCACCAAAGAUACCUCCCUGAUGAAUGACCCUUGGUCUGGAAAAGGCAGUAGAGAUGUCCAUAACUCCUAAAUUGCGGAACUGAUACUAAGUUCCUAUAGGUUUGGAGCUCCCCCUUCAGACACCUGCCUAGCAGUGACCUAUGGCCAGAGUUGCCCACUUGUUCAUGAAGAGUUCACAGAGAUACUAAUUUUGCUGUAAAAAUUGUCCCCUCAAGAAGCUGGUAAUUAAUACAAAUAAAAAGUUUAGGAAAGAGAGAAGGCUUCAAAGAAGCAGACUUCCAAUUCCAGGUGGAUUUUGAGAAGGUGGAGAAAGGGAAGACAUGAGAAUCUCUAACCAAAGGCACAAUCCCUUCCUCACUUUGUGUCACAUUUUGUGAUUCCAUAGGAAAAGUGCUAUUUCUCUGUUGCUACUCACUCUCCGAUCCCCACUCACUUCCUCCCAACUCUUCAUGUCCCAGCUUGUAUUCAUCAGUUUGGAAAGAUUUGAACAUCAAUUCCAAUUGUUUAAUUUUAUUUCUUAUUUCCCAAGCCCUUGGCUUGACAUCUCUUGAUUCCCUCUUCCCUUCCCUCUUUGCCCCCUGUCAGAAAGAGCUUUCUGAGAAGGUCAAGGUGGAACUGAAGCCACUGUUUUUGCUGUGGAGGAAAGUGUGGGUUGGAGCACAGAGGCAGCAGAGACCAGAAGGGAUAGAGUCAUCUCUAUCUCAACUCCUCCAUGCAAUCAAGAGAAAAGCUAAACUUCCCCAGAGUUUCUCUCCAAAACUUUCUGGGAAAUUUUGUUAUAGCUGCAACAAGCAUUGGACUUCUCAUUUUGAUAACACUUUUCUUUUGGAAAGAAAUUGGGGAAAAAGAGAGAGAGAGGAAGGAUGAGUUUGAUCCCUGGUAAGUAGCACCAUGUCAAGCUACCUGAAAGGAGUGUUCAAGCCUUGUGGGGAUUUAAACCAACAUAGACUUGUGAUUGGAUUCCAUACAUCAUAAGGUAACUACUAGUCAGAAGUCAGUUUAAUCCAGAAAUCUAGAAUCUAAAGCUAUGAUAAUAGCAUUUUCAAAAUGAGAAAGGACUAUAAAGGUUAUAAAACCUCAAAUACCUUUAGAGCUAAAGGAGAAUAUGGGCUCUAGUUGAAAAGGAAAAAAGCAGCCCUGACGGUUGUCAGCUGGUGGCUAGACAGGACCUCACAGCUGGGCUAUGGUGUUCCUUACUUAAGCAAUUUCACAGAAUAUACCAGACCAGGUUGUUCUGUGAUCAUGGGGGAAGUGAGACAAAAAGAAAAGAAAGGAAAAAAAAAAAAGAACUGCUCCGUAAUCAUGUCAAAA